UUCAUUAGUUUUAUCUUUUGUCAAAAUAUUUCAGUGAUGGAGAGAGUGAGAUCGUUUCUACAAUCUCCUACGUAUGGAAAUGUGAUAACUGUUCUUAGCAUCGACGGUGGUGGAAUAAGAGGAAUUAUUCCAGCAACUAUUCUUGCCUUCUUAGAAUCUGAACUUCAGAAAGUGGAGGAAGAUGAAAAUGCUAGGCUGGCAGAUUAUUUUGAUGUAAUUGCUGGAACAAGCACAGGUGGACUUAUUAGUGCUAUGCUUGCUGCUCCAAACCAUGAUGAUGAUGAUGAUGAUAGGCCAAUGUUUUCUGCUAAAGAUAUCAUUGACUUCUACCUUCAACACUCUCCUCUAAUCUUCCCUCAAAAUCAUAGAUGUUCAUUUGGUGGGAUAAUCCAAUCAAUUAAAUCACUAAUGGGACCAAAAUAUGAUGGGAAGUAUUUGCAUAAACUUCUCAAAGAAAAAUUAGGUGAUCUGAGGUUACACCAAACACUCACUAAUCUCAUAAUUCCAACAUUUGAUAUCAAACGUCUCCAACCUACUGUCUUCUCUACCUAUGAGGUAAAAAGAAACUCAAGCCUAGAUGCUAAGUUAUCAGAUAUUUGUAUUGGAACCUCAGCUGCACCAACAUAUCUUCCUGCUCAUUCUUUUCAAACCCAAACCCCAAAUGGUCAACUCAGAGAAUUUCAUCUUAUUGAUGGUGGUGUUCUUGCCAAUAAUCCGGCAUUGGUUGCUAUAAAUGAAGUGUCUAAAGAAAUUUUCCAAGGAAAUCUGGACUUCUUUCCAAUCAAGCCGAUGGAGUUCGGCCGAUUUUUGGUGAUAUCGAUAGGAACAGGUUCAGCUAAAUCAGAAGAGAAAUACAGAGCUGAUGAGGCUGCAAAAUGGGGUGUUUUGGGAUGGUUAAGUAGUCACAACUCUACUCCCUUGGUCGAUAUUUUCACUCAAGCUAGUAGCGAUUUAGCCGAUAUCUUUCUUUCUACAGUUUUUCAAGCUCUCCAUUCUGAGAAAAAUUACCUUCGAAUCCAGGAUGACACACUAGGUGAUAAGGAAUCUUCAAUGGAUAAUGCUACCAAAGAAAACCUAGACAAGCUUGUGAGAAUUGGAGAAGAUCUGUUGCAAAAACCUGUUUCAAUGGUCAACUUGGAAACUGGUAUCUAUUCUCCUAAACAUGGAACUACAAAUGGAGAAGCUCUUAAAAGGGUUGCUCAAAUGCUUUACCGGGAGAGAAAGACUCGUGAAGCUAGAUCACCUAUGCCAAAGCUAAAAAAGGGAGUUAAAGCUCAUGAUAUUCCACGUGACAGUAAAUAUAUUUUAAAAUUAUAAAAUUAAUAUACGAAAAUUCUACAAAUCAUACUUUCAAUAAAAAAAAAAAAAGAAAUGUACCGAUGUAUUUAAAUCUAUUUUAGUAUUUAAAAUAAUUUUUAGUUAAUUUUUUUUUCAUGGUCAUGUAAGUUAUAAUUAUUUAAGACAUCCUGUAAAAUUUUAAAAAAUUCAAAAAAAAUUUAAUACGCUGAUAAUAGGGUCCAAACAGUGUGUUGCACACGUGACUAUUUUAUUUUAUACACGUGUGAAAUAAACUGUUUGAACACUUCUUUUUAUAUUGUAAAUUAUUCUAAAUUUCUCAAAA